CAAAUUGGGAGUAAAUAACGUAAUAAUAAGCAUAAAGUGAUCGCCAUUUUCGCCGUUUGUCUCUGUUUUGAUGCAAUGUUUGAACGAUUGGUUCAUUUGGAGAUCAAUUGAAUUGAGCGGAAGUGACCACAACUGCCGUUCAGUCCAUCUCAUCGACCCGUCAGUGGCUGUCGUCCAUGAAUGUGCUGAAGUCAUCAUCAAAGAGGUCCACUUCCGUACCACCAAUGAAGAGGAAUGCCUUAACCACACCAAUGGACAGCUCCUCAAGAUCGGGAGCUGCAGAUGAGGAGUUGUUUAUGAAUGAGUUCGAAGACGUGCCCCGAGUUAUGAUCUUCUCGAGUAAAGACUUGGAGCGAGAGAUCACUAAAAUCCGGGAAACCUGUUCCGACCCAAGCAUUCAUUGGGAGAAGAGAGUCGAAGCUCUCAAAAGACUUCGCUCUUUACUAGUGGCCGGCGCCGCAGACUUCGAUGAAUUUCAUGGCUUUCUUAAACCAAUGGAACUCUCGUUUCAAGUGUCUGUCAAAGACUUGCGAUCUAAAGUGGUUCGCGAGGCCUGUAUUACAAUCGCUUAUUUGUCACAACGACUCGGAUUAAGAUGCGAUCGAUUUGCAGAAGCAUUGCUUCCGACGCUAAUAAAUCUGAUCCAAAACAGUGCCAAAAUCAUGUCGAGCUCUGCAGUGGUGGCCAUUCGGUUCAUUAUACAGUCGACUCACGCCAGUCGUCUGAUUCCAGUCAUUACAUACAAUAUAUCUUCGAAGUCGAAAGAGAUCCGCAAAUCUUGUUCUGAAUUUAUGGACCAAUUGCUGCACACGUGGCCUAAUCAGGCGAUCGAGAAGCACGUGGCCAUCCUUCAGGAGGCCAUCAAGAAAGGCAUUUGUGACGCAGACCCCGAGGCCCGCACUUAUGCUCGCAAAGCCUACUGGGGUUUCGCCGAUAAGUUCAAGAAAGAGGCCAAUUAUCUGAUGAGUUCGUUGGACAGCAGUAAACAGCGUAUACUUCUCGGCGACCACAACAAUAUAUCCAAUUCAACGCAUUCACUGAACAAAGUGGUGGCCCCACAGAGACCACAAUCACUUCGUACUAAUAGUGUCUCUUCCAGCGGUUCCAUUGAAAACCUGAACCGUCAGUCCAACACUUUAACGAAGGCUCGGUCAGGGAUUCCAGUAUUUUCGCCACGAAGUGAUGCCUCUGCACGUGUGAUGCCCUCUCCCUUUAGAACAACCAGUGCUAUAGAUCCAGGAGCACAGCGAAGAGCUAGAGCCAGAGCUGCUUAUUGUGCAGCACUGGCGCAGCCGAAGGUUGUUCCGACCGGUUAUUCUGUUUCACGAACGACACCCAAACGAGUGGAUCACUCGACAGUCGCAACGCCCGACAGAAGUCGUACGAAAGAUAGAGUUUCAAAGUCACAACCGGGCAGUCGUUCCGGUUCUCCGCAACGAUUCAAUUUCAGUUCUAUGCAAACCGACUCUCGUGGACAUCGGGUGCGACGAACAUCAGGAAUACCUACGUCAUCGAGUAGGGAUCCCAGUCCUAAUCGAGCCGUCAUUACUGGCUAUGCAUCGAUGGAAAGGCGUCUCAGUGCUAGCGGAAGAAAUCGACACUUUAUGUCGAAUAACUCGAAUGAUAGACAAACGCCUCUAAUGGCAGAGAAGAUAUUACAGCAAAGCCAAGAGGCGGAGGCAGCUCUCGAAGACGCACUCAUCGCAGAGCAGGCUUUGAGUCCUCGCAAGAGGUAUAACAGUAACACUCAGUUCGACGACCAGUCCGAUGAAAGCGAAACUUCGAGCAUAUGUUCAGACAUUUCAUUCAGUUCUUACGGCAGAAGGAAAAUCGAGGAUGUGUCGGACAUCAUAGAGAACCUGUCGAGUACUCACUGGUCGGACAGAAAGGAAGGUCUCCAGAGUUUAGCGCUUCUGUUCAGAGACUCGACUCGAAUGUUGAAUUCAUACGAAUUGAUUAGAAUUACAGACAUUUUCACGAAAAUGCUUUUGGAUCCGCACACAAAGACCUUCACAUUGUUUUUGGGAAUUUUAAACGAUUUGAUACUUAUUUAUAAAAGCGAAUUAAACUCGUGGCUCUAUAUUCUCAUCACUCGACUCAUGCUUAAGAUUGGAAGCGAUACGUUAGGAUCUAUUCAGAGCCGUAUUCUGAAGACAUUUGAAUUAAUUCGGGAAUCAUUUUCACCCGAAGAUCAAUUUGUAGUGAUAAUCCGUUUCCUCUCAGACCAAACACAGACACCAAACGUUAGGGUUAAGACAUCUAUUCUUCAGUAUUUGAUUCAUUUGAUUCCAUUAAUGGAUUCAAACGAUAUUAACUUCAAUUCGAGGAAUAAUCAUGAGAUACAGCUGUCGCUCAUGAAAAUCAUUUCCUGGACGGCAGACCCCAAGAGUUCAGACCUGCGGCGCAUAUCUCAGGACGUGAUCGUCGACUUAUAUAACUUAAACGCCGCCGAUAUGUCACUCAUUAUAAACGCAUUGCCGAAGACGUACGAAGACGCGGCGCUUCAGAUAAUAUACCACAAGCGCAGGGGUCGGAGUCAGUCGCCGGCAUUCAGUCCUCUCACGCCUGUCUCACUUCGCACCCCAUCUGUGAUCAAAACAAGUGAGGCCUUCAAUAAACUCAGUUUAUAUGACGAGACGGAGAACUUAAAUCCCGACGAUAUCUACAAUUCAUUGCGUAAAACAACGGAUGAAAUCCAAAAGUAUAGCUUUAAUGUGGACUCGGAUUCCAUUACAACGAUCACAAACAGCUCUACUAAUAAUCACAACUCCAGUGAUGAUAAACAGACCUUAAGUCCCACUAUUAGUCCAAAAAAGACAGUUUUGGGCAGAAAUAUGAAAGAUCUGUCGAGUGCUUCACAAGAUUCAGGUAUCAGUCAAUUGGACGGCACAUCCAUUGGCCACAACAACAGACAAACUCCGGUCACCUCUCCCUCCAAAGCCAACACUAAUGAGACAAUCAUUCCGAUUGUAUUCUCGCAGAACGGGAACCACUCGUACGUGGAGUGCGAGAACGGCGCCUAUUUUAAUACAGUUCUCAUUGGUUUGCGAUCGCAUACUCGAGACACGGAAUCUCAAAAGGAAAGCCUCAAUGAUUUGAUUGAAUUGAUUCGUGAGGGAAGUAACGAAGAGUGGGCGCAACGCUUCAAAGAUGUCUAUCGAAUACUUUUGGACAAAAUGACUGAACAGUCCAAUAGUGCCGUUAGAGCCAUGUCUUUGAGAGUAAUGUGCGAACUGCUGAUGAAAAGGACUAAAUAUUUCCCGGAAUUCAUUGAACUCACGAUUCUUAGAAUACUUGAGUCGAGUAAAGAUCCCGAGAAGGAAGUGGUCCGCGCAGCUGAGGGCGCGGCCGGCACUGCCUCCGCUGUACUGCCGCCCGACCAGUGCCUCCAAAUACUUAAGUCUGUCAUCAAAACAGGCGAAAACCCCGUUAAUAUUGCAGCCAUUAAAAUGUUAACCAAAUUAAUAGAAUUACAGCCAAAGCAUAUUGUGAUGGAUUUAUUGCCACAAAUGAUGCCCGCAUUGCUUCAAGCCUACGACAAUCCCGAGAGUGCUGUUCGAAAGGCUGCUGUGUUUUGCAUGGUUUCCAUCCACAGUGUUGUGGCCGAUGCUAUCAAUCCUUACUUAUCGUCACUAAACGGAAGUAAAAUGAAAUUAUUGAAGCUUUACAUCGAAAGAGCCAAAAGCCAGUCCGGCAACAGUUCGCCUCUAUUGGCCGCCACCUCCUGACCCAACACUAAACAGCAGCCCUUCUUGUGUGCCAUUUCAUCCACUUUUCUAUUCUAAACAAUUGACUAAUUUUGUGACAAUUGUGUCAAUAAAUUCAUUCCACA